GGUUAUUUUGGGGAGUUUUCUGUCAAAUGUCACAAUAGUCAUCUAAUUCGUUGUUUAUAAGGUUUUCUAUUUAUUUUCAGUAGUAAGUUAUAAGUUUCCGUACACUAUGGAACAAACAGUCGUUAAAAAAGAACCUUCAACGUCUGGGAUAGCAAUAAAACAAGAGAUCAAAGAAGAAUUUGAUGAUAGCGACAACUGCAUUUUCUAUGAUGAUUUUGGGGUGAAAAAAGAAUCGGAAGAUAAUUUUGAUGAAGUCAAGCAAGCUGAAAUGAAAUUUGAAGCCACAGACUUGUUUCUUGACCAAGGAUCUAAAAUCGAUGAUAGUGUUGAAGAAAGUAACAAUAUUAAGGAAGAAGGCAUGUUAGAGACAAAAAUAGAGGUGGGAUAUCCCCAUGUUGAUGAUGAUGCAAGUGGCAAAGAAAAGUCAUUUGAAUGCGAUAUUUGCCCCAAAAAAUAUCAAACAAAGACAGGUUUAUUUAACCACAAAAAGUAUUUUCAUGAAAAGCAUGUGCUGGAAAAAUUUAAAUGUGAUAAAUGUGAUUACGUCACUGUAAGAGAAAGUACUCUUAAACUUCAUUUAAAAAUUCACGACAAACAAAGUUACUUAAAAUGUCAUUAUUGUCAAUAUAUGGCUGCCAAAUUAACGACUUUGCACGCGCACAUUUUAAUAAAACACAAAAAAGAAAAUGAGAAAGACAAUAAAAUAAAAAUAACAAGUAAAAUUCACAAUUGUCCCAACUGUUCAUACUCAAAUGUUUCAAAAUCACAUUAUAACAAUCACAUAACUAAAUGUCUGAAAUUAAAAAAUUUCGAAUAUUACGAAUGUCACCUUUGCGACCACAAAACUACACAUAAAAAUCAUUUAGCAACUCACAUAAAAACUCACAACAAAAUUAAAGAAUUUAAAUGUUUGUUUUGUACACAUCAGUGUAAUGUUAAACAAAAUUUGGACAACCACAUGUUAACAAAGCAUUCGAAUUUGUUGAACGAGUCCAAUAAAAAUAUAAUAACCUCCAAAAUACACUAUUGCCAACAUUGUAAUUAUAAAACUGCCAAUCGAAUUCAUUUAAAAAGCCACUUUAGGCAUAAGCAUCCAUGAUGUUAUAUUUUAUUAAGUAUUACCAUGUUAUAAACCGUGUUUUAUUACAUUAAUAAAGCAACAAUUUUUAUUU